CGAGGCUGCACGCGACUUCGAGAGUGAAUGUUGCGCACCAAGUUGGUGGGCUUCUGCCGCGUUGCCUCGUCACCCGGGAGCGGAGCGUGCGUCAGGGUUGUGGUGCGAACGGUCGCCGCGGAGUUCUGCGAUCGUCGACGCGCUGUGGGGUCGCCGUGUUAAGCCGGUGGACUUACGGGGUCAUGCAAAUGUGCGCUGUCACUGUUGCCGAGACUUUUGAAGAGUUGGUUGCACUUGGUUGUCAAGAAAGUAUUAUCCGCCACAGUAUGUUCGCGUCCUUGAGCAUCGUGUUUCAAUAUUGCAUGACGAGUCUAGGCGUGGUUAAAUCCAAAUGGUCUUAACUUUUUCUAUAUUCUGGAUAGAGUUAUUGUCCUUCUUUCUUUCGCUGUCAAAUCAACGUUGUAAAACUGCGCUGCUGCCCGAUAACGAAAAUUGAGGGAAUUGCACGACAAAGAAAAUGGAUCCGAACUCCUCUAUCUACCAUAUUAACAAAAAAUGAGCAACCCUCAUAAUUUGCAUGCCUGCGAUAGUGAUUCAAGGUAUGCUCUGAUGCCGGUCCCGCUGGGGCGCCUGCCCCCUGCUCACAUGAGCAGGUAAUGGUGCCGGGUUCAGCAAAGUGCCUAGCUCGGACUUUGAGCCACAGCCCCGUGACUGAGUUAAACAUGAGCAACUCUCACCGGUGAGGUGAGUUGAGAUAAGUUGAGGUGAGAUGAAGUGAGUUGCGAUGAGGUGAUUUGAGGUGAGUUGAGGUGAGGUGACGUGAGUUGAGGUGAGGGGAGUUGAGUUACGAUAAGGUGUGUGAGGAUGAGGAUUUGAGACGAGGCGAUCCGAGUCUUAUUAAGCCACCCCUGGAUUGGAGACGUCUGUACUCGCUCACACGUCAACACAUUCUGGGGCACGCCUCGUGACAUGCAAAUCAAACUGAAAGACUUCCUACUUGUCACCUAUUAACGUGGCUUGUUCCUUGUUUAGCGUCUGAGACGCAGCCAGAGACUGCCUGAGAUACAGAGACUGUCUGAGCUACAACCAGAAACUGCCAGCGAUACAGAUAGAGACUGCCUGAGAUACAGACAGAGACUGUCUGAGCUACAGCGAGAGACUGCCUGAGCUACAGCCAGCUACUGCCUGAGAUACAGCCAGUGACUGUGCUACAGCCAGAUACACUCUGUGCUACAGCCAGUGACUAUCUGAGCUAUAUCCAGAGACUGUGCUACAGCAAGAAAACUGCCUGAGCAACAUCCAGACACUACCUGAGCUUCAGCCAGCGCCCGUCUGAGUGGAGCCACAGGACCAUGGCGAGUGCGGCUCCCACUGGUUGCGAGGCUCCAGGGGAGUUAACCUGCCCCAUCUGUCUGGACGAGUUCUGCUGCCCCUGUACGCUCAGCUGCGGCCACUCGUUCUGCCUCAAGUGCGUGGAGGGCGCCUGGGAUGCGGCAGAGUCCUUCUCCUGCCCACAGUGCCGAGUGACUUUCCCUCGGAGGCCCAAGCUGAGCAAGAACUUCACGCUCGCCAACCUGGUGGAGCAGCGCAGUGCUACAGAGAAAAUGGCCACCGUGGUUUUGUGUGACUUCUGUAACGAUGGCACGACCGCUGCCUCGAAGACCUGCCUCAGUUGUGAUAUGUCCUACUGUGUGACUCAUGUAAAGCCUCAUCAGGAGAACCCGAAGUUCAGGGACCACAUUCUGGUGGCUCUAGCCACGAAUCCUGAAGACCACAAGUGCAAGACGCACAGAAAGAAGAUCAAGUUUUACUGCCGACAGGACGAGAGCUUGGUCUGCACAACCUGCAUCAUCGUAGGAGACCACAAGGGUCACGAUGUGGCUACGCUGGAGGACGAGCACAAGACACGGGAGAAACAAGUGGGAGAGGAGACGUGGGCAGUGGAGAAGAAGAGGAGGAAGGCGGAGGAGUCCAAAAAGCGGAUGGAGGCCGCUCACAGGGACGUGCAGGAAUCGAUGACCGAGGUGAGGCAGCGAAUCAAUGGCGAGUUCGCCCGCAUGAGAGCAGCUCUGGACGAGGACGACAAGGCGGCUCUGGCUCGUGCGUCCAAGAAGGAGCGCGAGUUGCUGACCCAGAUCGAGAAGAACAUCGCUCACUACCAGCGCGAGAUCGGCGAUCUCCAGGCAGCAGCCACUCGUCUGGAGGGCCUAGCGCAGGAGAGGAACUCGCUCGCGUUCCUGCAGGGGCACCUGGAGGAGGCGCGCAGGACAGGGAGGGUUAGAACGGCUCAACCCUCAGCUCCCAGCCAAGAGGAGAUUGCCUCACUUAAAGUCCUGGAGACAACUACUGUCAAGUUCAUGUACGGAUGCUCACCAACUCUGGACACAACCACUGCUCAUAACCAACUCCAGAUCUCCUCGGAUCUCAGGACGAUGACAGCAGUCCUUCCCUCCCAGGGUCGCCCCGAUCACCCACACCGGUUUGAUUACUGGUCACAAGCCCUGUGCUGUGAGAGCUUCUCGUCGGGCCACCACUACUGGGAGGUUGAUGUGGGGGACGCGCGGUGGUGUCGGGUUGGAGUUUCGUACGGGACGAUCCCAUGGAAAGGGCGUGGUGCUGCACGGCUGCUGGGAGGGAACGAUGCGUCCUGGUGUUUAGAGAAAUGUGACAACUUCUCAGUGUUUCAUGGUGGAGUGAAGACUGCACUGUCGGUGAGGGGGGCCCCCUCCUCACGCAGAAUCGGGCUUCACCUGCACUGGGAGGGGGGGCUCCUGGCGUUUUACCGCGCCGACUCCAUGGAGGUGAUCCACGAGGUUCGGCAGAGAUUCUCGCAGCCUCUCUACCCUGGGAUGUGGGUGUUGUAUUGUAAUGAUCGAUUGAAGAUCGUGGAUCUGAGUCGUGCAUUCUGAGGAUGAGAGAUAGAAACUCAAGAAACCAAGACAGAAACCCAAUAAACGGAGGUGAGGGUGGAUAUUGAGGAAAUGGUGAAGUGAGGGUGAUGGGUAGUUGGAACAGAGGCUGAGGUAAGCUGAGAGUGAGGGCAGAAUGGAGGGGAAGGUUACGGGUGAACGUGGAGGGUGAGGAGAGGGUGAGGAGAG